ACAUUAAAAAGAUGAAUGCUGGACUGUCACAACACACUCACGAGCUGACAAGACUGCUGACAAAUAAAAGGUUAUUGAGACGAUGAUGAUGAUGAUUGGAGCUAAAAUGCAUCAACUGGCAGGAGGACUACGAAGGGUCUGGUCCAGAAUAUGUGGUCUCUACACGACCAAAACCACAAAAAGCUGGAAGGAAAAACUUCUCCUCCUGUUGACCUGUUUUAGCACCAGCCUUAUUCUGAGCACCUUCCUCUUCCUCAUCUUCCACUUUUCCUUCAGAUGUGCUCAGGAGGUCUCGCUUCCCUUCACUUGUGUCUUUUGUAUAAGCUUAACCCCAGCGAUGUAUUUCUCAGAAAGGAUCCGUUGUUUCGGAGCCUUGGUUUUGAUCUCGAUGGGUAUGAAAGAAACGAAGAGCCUUCUUCUCACUUUAGGAACCAGUUCAGUGAUUUUCUUCAACAUCCAGAACACGUUACGAAACAUGAAACUGCUUGCAAAAGGCCUGCUCUGCAACUUGGAGGAAAAGUUACUGGAUGUUAAUACAGAACCCCUAGGGAAUUAUAUUAAAAUGCUAAAGUGGGUGGGAAAGCAACUUAAAAAUUACUUUAUAAACUUGCCGUUAGGGAAUUACCAUGCAGAUUUUACACUAGAAGCAAAGGUGGACUCUGAGGACUUUAAAAUUCACCUCACAGAGGCCGAACAGGCUUUAAACCAGACCGCGCAAAAUGUGUUAGCACUGACCAACGCUUUGUCUUCAAUAGGAAAGAUAAUGUCUCCAACAUUAGGUCUUUUAUUUCUUGUACUUCUCACUGCUCUAUACCUGAGAAGAUUCCACGUGGACAAAAAGUACAACAAUAUAUACAUCACCAAAACUUUCCGUUGUUUUGACGAGCAGCAAAGGGAAAAGGGAAACCCGUACGUUCUUCCGCUCACCAAAAGCGAAUCGCAUCGUUAUAUAGUGACUCCGUCCAUUCGUCCGACGGUUCGGUGGUGGAAAGCCAUGCUCAAGUUCAGUCUUCCCAUAUUCACUCACUGUCUCACCUGGCUGGUGUUUAUCGGUCUAGACUCCCUGGUUUACUGGCUUAUUGUAGUUCUGAGCAAGCGGCUCGGGGAACUGGAGCCACUUCAUGUUCCUGUGGGAAUAAAACUUCAGGAAGCCACAUUAUUUCUAGGUUUACCUGUUGUUGGAAAUGCAACAGGGGCAGACUUUUCCUACACAGUGUCUCUGUUUGAGAAGAAGUGUUUGCCUGAACCGGAACUGUGGCUCUAUCAGUCUCUGGUUCCUCUGACUGUGGUCCUGGCCUUGCUGCUUGUUCUGAUUCUGCUGUCAUCACAGAUGGUUCAGCUCAGGGUUUUGCUAUCCGAACAGUUUUUCUCAGAUGUUGCAGAGAAAAGAGCUGCCUAUCUACAUGAACAGAUUUUAAGAAAGCGGUGCAAAACUAAAGCAGAAGAGCAUGAAGGAAGUCUGACGACCUUAGCCAUGCAGCCCAGUUUUUGGUGCCCCUUACUCUUCCAUAAGCAGAGGACAAACCCUGAUGCUGUUUAAAUAUACUUGAAAUUUGCAACACACCAGCCAUAAUCGCAGGUUUGAUAGAGUAUAUUGACAACACAACAUUCACACAUCUUUUUAUCAAAAAGUGUACCUUUUCAUUGCACUGUAGAAAGGAGUGUCCUGUUUAUGGUGACCCAGUGAUCAGCGUAUAAGAGGCAAGUGGAUAUUUGGCCACUGGGCCCUAGUGAUCAAUUUGUGCUGUAUGGACCAAGGAGCCCUAGUGGUCAUCACACACUGUUUGUGACCGGGACAAUGGUUUUCAUUUUGCUCUUCAGGGGUUAAAUGACUCAGAUAGAGGUGGAAGUCAUUGAGCAAUGAGCAUAUGCGUACAUUUUAAACUUGUAUCCUAUAAAAUACAAAACAUGUACAGAACCAUUAUAAAAGUUUAGGGUUGGUAAGAGUUUAUAAUGGUUUUGAAAGAUCUUAUGCUUACCAAGGCUCUAUAUAUUUGAUCACACAGUAAAAACAGUAU